CUGAGAGAAGCCACCUGCUGUGAGGUUGAUGCCCGACGCCACGAGCCCGCCUUGUGUCCCUGCGGUAGUUACACACAGCACCCUGCAAUAGCCAUGAGUGCAGACCCCGGGUGUCGGGCCGGCCCGGACCCCGAGCCCCAGGCGGAGCUGGCCGACCGGGUGGCGACCGUCAGCCUGAUUCCCCCCGAGACGAGCACCGGGGCCAGCCUCAAGAAUGGGGAGGGGGGCGCCGAACCCAAGAAGCCAGGCGGACGGCCCCACUUGUCCAGCAGGAAGCUGUCCCUGCAAGAGCGAGGGACGUACGCAGCGGCCGGGGGCACGGCUGGCACCCACGUAUCCCCCAGGGCGCCGCGCAGGCCCACCAUCGAGUCGAAGCACGUGUCCAUCUCCGACACCCAGGACUGCAUCCAGUUGAACCAGUACAAGCUUGAGAGUGAAAUUGGGAAGGGCUCGUAUGGAGUAGUGAAGCUGGUCUACAACGAGGACGAAGAUAAGUAUUACGCAAUGAAAUUAGUUUCCAAGAAGAAGAUGGUGAAGCAGUGCGGAUUUCCCCGCCGCCCCCCGCCUCGUGGUGCCAAGGCUGCCCAGGGAGAGCAGGCCAAGGUCAUGGGACCGCUGGAGAGGGUCUACCAGGAGAUCGCCAUCCUGAAGAAGCUGCACCAUGUCAACAUUGUCAAGCUGGUGGAGGUUCUCGAUGAUCCGUCUGAAGACAACCUCCACAUGGGUGAGCUCCAGGAGGGGGGUCCAGUGAUGGAGGUGCCCACAGAUAACCCCUUCACAGAGGACCAGUCCCGCCUGUACUUCAGGGACAUUGUCCUGGGCAUCGAAUACCUGCACUACCAGAAGAUUGUCCACCGAGACAUCAAGCCGUCCAACCUGCUGCUGGGGGACGAUGGCCAUGUCAAGAUCACUGACUUCGGCGUCAGCAACCAAUUUGAGGGCAACGACGCACUGCUGUCCAGCACGGCUGGGACGCCCGCCUUCAUGGCUCCGGAGGCACUGUCCGACAGCCGGCAGAGCUUCAGCGGGAAGGCUCUUGACGUCUGGGCCAUGGGUGUGACGCUGUACUGUUUCAUUUAUGGCAAGUGUCCUUUUAUAGACGAGUACAUCCUGGCCCUGCACAGCAAGAUCAAGAACAAGCCUGUGGAGUUUCUGGAGACACCAGUCAUCAGCGAGCUGCUGAAAAGUCUUAUCCUGCGGAUGCUGGACAAAAACCCAGAUACGAGGAUCACCAUUCCGGAGAUCAAGGUACACCCUUGGCUGACCCAAGAUGGUAUGGACCCCCUGCCCUUGGAGGAGGACCACUGCUCCGCAGUGGAGGUCACCGAGGAGGAAGUGAAAAACUCCGUGAAGUUCAUCCCCAGUUUGUCUGCAGUGAUCCUGGUGAAGGCCAUGCUCCGCAAGCGAUCCUUCAGCAACCCCUUUGAGUGCCCGAGCCGGCGGGAGGAGCGCUCCAUGUCCGCCCCAGGGAACCUGCUCAUGGACAGGCGGCUGUUCCGCUCCUCUUUAAAACUACACCCUUCUUUAAGGAAAGGCAGCAGUGGGGAGGGGAAUAGAGAAGAACUGGAAGAUCUGCGUGAAGAUGAGCCAUCGUCCUGAGCCGCUCGCACACGGAUGCUUGCAAACGUUCCCCAUUCCAUCACCCCCCUUGUGCUUCAUUCACCGCCUCCGCCCCGCCCUAGCCUGCCCUGCCCCCAGGUCACACCAGAAUAAUGCCCCUCCCACUGACCUAAGGCCUCUCAGAGAUCCGUGGGGUCCUGUUGGCGUUCCCAUGUCCAGGACGCUGUCGGUGGCCUCGCUCUCCUCGGUGGUUUCUCACGGCGUGAUGAAUGCUUGUCGCCUUCGCCUGCUUGUUUCUCACCCCCAUCGACAAACAGUCUGUUCAGCUGACUGGGGGGGGCAUUGGGGCCGGCAGGGGGGCAGACCAUGGUGUCAGAAUCCAUCUGAAACCGACCUAGGGGUGAGCAGCUUCUCAGCUAACGAGGAAACCCCACGGCGAUGCGUGAAUGCAUCGCCUGCAGCCAUUAACGUGGAGCACCCCCCCACACGUUACCCAUCGCAGCAUUAUGGUGCCCCUGCUGGCAGCUUUACCCCCAUGGGCAGCGCAGUGUGACAGGCCAUGUCUGCUGGGAUUCUCUUCUCUCCUGUGAGAAUGGCAUGGAGACGAUUCCAUGGUGCCAUCAAAACCAUCAACCUUCGAACAUCUGCAGAACAUCGGCGAGGGCAGAACACGUUCUGUGAAAAUAUCUUUGUAUGUGCUGUUCAGCGCGUAUAUAUGUAUAAUAUCCACUGUGCAUAUUAGUCUGAGCAUGUAGUCAGACAGUGGGUUCAAUAGGACUUCAGUCCUGGAGAUUUGAUGGUGUUUUCUGGCAAAUUACAGUGAAUUCGUCACACAAAGUAAUUGCCAGUUAUCACAUACGGUGCCAAAGGCUAAACGAGCAGAGACAUCCUGAAGAUAUUACAUAUACAUAAUGUUUUGCAGGAAAGCAGCUUUAGUGUGUAAAUUUAAAUCUGCCCUGGACUUUAAAGCCUAUUCUCUGUCCUGCAACAUUUUCACUUCACACCUAGUUAAUCCUCGGGAUUAAUAAAGUUUAUCAAUCUUAA